AUGUCAGACGGAGAUGCCAUCACUGACGAGUCAGUCGCACCUUCAAUUCUAAAUCAUCUAUUCAGUCAUACUCUCAAACUAUAUAAGUCAAACCGAUCCAUACCAGAGUUAACGAGAGAUGAUAUCAAAUAUAUAAAGUCAAAUAUAAGUAAAUAUCUAUUCAGUGUUUAUCAACGUCAAUCACGAGAUAUGAUCAUAAGGACGUAUACAUCUGCAAGAGAAGUAUAUUCCGAUUUGAAAUUAUCGAUUCGAGAUGAGAUUGAAGGUCAGUAUCGUUUAAAGGUGCUAUCAUUAAAGAGUCGGAAUAAAAUAUUGAUAUCGACUCAAUCGAUAGUAUUCAUAUCAAAGACCGAUAAUGAGCGAGAUGGCGAUGAUGAUGAUGAAGUGGCGAAGAAGUUCAAUACGUUGAUACUUGCUAGAUUAUCUCCCUUACAUCAGAUCAUCAUUAAAAGUUUGAAUAAUCUAACUUGUGAUCCACCAUUGAUUAUCUCAAAUCAUGAAUUAUCAAAUGUAUCGAUAUAUAAUUUCAUAAAUCAUUUAUUCGAGACUGGUUUGAUGAUAACUGAUGUGCAAUUGACAUAUACCCUUCCUGGUUCCAGUGUUAUAAAUGAUAAUCUUCGAAAUAUCGUGGUGAAUAUUCCUCAAUCGAAUAUCCUGACCUUCAAAAUACGACAACGACAACAAGAAGACCAAGAAGAAGAAAUGCGAUCAAUCAUGUCUAUCAUUAAUGAAUUCUUAUUUGACCAUUCUAAAUUGAAAUUUGAACAAUUACUGAUUCAUAAAUUCAUAAGUAACAUUAUUAAUAUUUCCAUAGAUGGUAAAAUCAAAAUCAAACCUUUACAAUCAUCAUACCCAGAAUACCAAUCAAACGACAACAAUAACUCCUCACAAUGGCUAUUGAUUAAGAACUUUUACGAAUUACUUCAUUAA